UUGGACAAUCUCCAUUGGAAAUAUGUCACAGUAUUCUGGAAAGAUAGUGUUUUACGAGGGAAGAUGCUUCACUGGCAGGAAGCUGGAGGUGUUUGGAGACUGCGAUAACUUCCAGGACCGUGGCUUUAUGAACAGGGUGAACUCAAUCCGUGUGGAGAGCGGAGCUUGGACCUGCUACGACCACCCUGACUUUAAGGGCCAGCAGUACAUCCUGGAGCGUGGAGAGUACCCGGAGUUCCAGCGCUGGAACUCCCACAAUGAUCACAUGGGCUCCUGCAGGACUGUCAGGAUGCAUGGAGAGCACUACAGGAUCGAGCUGUACGAUGGAAGCAACUACUCAGGUCACUGUAUGGAGCUUUGUGAAGACUGUCCCUUCCUGCAGAGCUGUGGCUAUGGCAGGCCCUGUGUCAACUCUGUAAGGGUGUUUGGAGAUGGAGCCUGGGUGAUGUAUGAGGAGCCUAACUUCCGUGGCCGCAUGUACAUCGUGGAGAGAGGAAACUACUGCAGCCACAAUGAGUGGCAGGCCCAGACCCCCAACAUCCAGUCCAUCCGCAGAAUCGUCAACUACUUCUAAACCUCCAACUCUCUUCUACAGCCCUUUCCACUCAUGCCUCCUUCUGCCAGGCCACAGAUUGUUACAAUUCCCACUCAUAUAAUGUAAAAUAAAUGACUGAGUAUUAUAACAAAAAGACAGUAUUUCAUUAAAUGUGUCUGUCUCAUUAUGAUGCAUUCAAUAAGACUAGAUGAGCUUUUCCACGGUGGUACAUAAACCACAUUCCAUCUGACUGCGAUAACACUACUUAGCAGACUGAAUAGACUCUAAGCUCAAACAACAAAAUAAAUCAAGAAUAUAUAAUUAAAUCUUAAGUAUCAUUUUGAAAUUUUAAAUGCAAUAUAAU